ACUUAUAUGAGCUUUCCAUGUCAUAGCAAAAAUAUUAACAAGUAAAUGCCAGGAAAAUAUCAAGUUUGGGGUCUGAUGUGCUAAAAAUAGGAAAAAAAUGUCAAGAGUAAGAACUGUAAAAUUUCUUCAAAAUAAAUUAAAUAUAUGAAUAUCUGGAGCACCCCUCCACCCUUUGGAAUCCUCGUUUUCUAGUAUAGGGCCAUCUAUAUAUAUAGUUAGUAAUAACUUACACUAAUUUUAGUUUAUUUAUUUCAAUUUUCAAUAUCAAUUAUUAUUAAUUAUUUACCAAUUUUUUCUGAGAAAAAUUAUGGUCCAAAUUGAAAGAACCUUACUACAGGUCUUGUCAUUUACAGCCCCGUCAGUGUAAAAUGCUAGCGGACGUUGUUACACGGUGCCGGUGAGGCUCGCCGCCCGCCGCCCCGCCGUGCUGCUGGGCGCCAUGCAAGGUGUUGGUGACACGUGGGGCGCACCAACAAGUACCCUGUGGCUGUGAGGACACGUGUACGGAAACGAUAUCCAGUGUUCAUUAUUUUUGUUUUCUUUUCGGCUCUGGUAAAGGUGACCCGCCAUGAGCCAACAUGCAGACGUGUUUGCAGUCCUCACGUCUGCGAGCUACCAGGGAGAACAAGGACGGGACUCGGACCUGGAGCACGUGUUGGAGCGAGCCAAGGACGCCGGGGUGCGCCACAUUGUCAGCUGGUGUGAGGACAUGCAUCACGCCCUCCACGCCCUUAAGCUGUCCCGUGUCGCCGAGGGCGUGCACUGUGCCAUCAGCCUGGAUCCCGGCGUGUUCAGCAGAAGGGGGAUGAGAGCACCGUACCUGAAGGCUGUACGGAGGUAUGCCAUAAGGUACCGCAGCGAGGUGCUCGGCGUGACGUCCAGUGGCCUCAAGAGUUAUAGUUCCGCAACUCAGGUUAGGAGACUCCAGAGAGCAUUGGGAGUGGCGGCGGAUCAGCAGCUGCCAGUGUUUGUAGAAUGGAACAAGAAAAUCAUGCCCAAGUUCAUGCCCAUCUUCGAGGACUUGGUGAAAAUGCUGCCUGCAACCGUCUUCCACUCCUUCCAGGGCUCGGAGGUGGAGGCGCGAACGCUCCUUGAUAAGGGAUUCUAUCUCGGAAUCAGUUGCAGGUCUGUCUUGGUGCAGCAAACCUUGGAGGGCCUCGCCAAACUUCCCCUGAACCAGGUGCUGGUGCAUUCGGGCACCCCAGAGUCAAAUUAUCUGAAUGACCACCCGCUUGUGACCACCAAGUUUCCAGCGGCCCCACCCACCGACUGGAGGCCGGGACUCAUGCUGCAGGGGCGGGGUGAACCAGCUUGUGUCGCUCAGGUGAUAGAGGUGGUGGCGGCGACGAGAGGGGAGGACCCAGCCUCGGUGGCGGCUCAGCUCUGGAAGAAUGCCUGCAACGUCUUCUUCCCGGAUGAGGACUAUUGCACAGGGGUCUACUAAGCUGCUGGCUGGUGGCCCCCUUGUAAGAAUUGGAAGCUCUUCAUAGUCACUGAACUGAUGCCAUCAAUUAUGAGAUUAGAUGCAAAAUACUAAGAUUUAGCUACAGUACAGUACAUGCAUGGAUAAUGCACCUUUUUACCCCGAUAUCUCAGUUACAGCAGUGAAAUGAACUCACGGAUACAAAUAAAGGUAAAGAAUUAUCUAGUCACCGCUGCUUGAUUCUCAAUAUCUUCUUUUUUUUUUAGAUAUGACUUUGUGCAUUUGAUCCAAGGCUAGAGCUUAAUGAAUUAUUUUAAGAACCUUAUUGUUACGGGAGUACUAUGCUUCAAGGGAGACAGAGCUGCCCAGCUUGCAUCGACACCAAGACGCUCCGUGCAUCCUGCAGCGGCUGGCACCUGACCAUGCAGCAGGGAAGGAGCUGAGUGGAACACCAGCCUAUUGAAAUAACGUUCCCUAACCUAUAUCUGUGGAUAGUAUUCAGCUAUCAAUUAAAAAAAAAAAUAUGAAUAUACUUUAAUAAAAACCUUUCUAGAGGAUAAGCACAAACAGUUUAAUCAAACUAAUCGUCAAACUAAAACUUCUAAUAUUUUGGAGGUUACUGCAUCUAAAAAUAAUGAUGCCAAUAAUAAUAGCAUUAGAAAUGUCCGUCUUGUAUCUAUAUGAAAAGCAUAGCAAUACAAAAUUCUAAGCUAACAUGUACUGUAGAGUGAAGGGUUCAUUGUACAGCUAUGUAUCCAUUAACUUUAACUGUAUACUUCACGUUCAUUAAAA